AUGAAGGCAUUGGAAUCCCUGGUGGAUGGAAGAGACUACCAAAACCGCCUGGGAGAGGAGGUUCUGCAGCGUCAAGAGGCCGUCCUGCCCACUUUGCAGUCCGCGGCAUCCAUGACUGCAGAUGUGCUCAAGGAGACUCGUCUGUCCUCCGCUCGAGCAUUUGAUGUCCUGAAGUACGACAUCUACACCCCAGGAGCCGGCAAGACCCCGGAGCCUGUGAAGCGUGCUGCAAAUGCACUGGUCGAGGCCUCUUCCGAAACGCGCCGGCGCUUCACACAGUUUAUCAGCGGCAUGGCGCAGGGCUUGGCAGCUGACGUUCAGAGCAGGGGUGUUGCCGCUGCCACUACGGUCGCGCUGGCGGACCUUCCGGACAUGGAGCAAGCACCAGCGACCGAGCCGCAACGCAACAUCAUCUUUCCAGCUUAA